AUGGAGGCAAGCCUGCUCCGUCCGCAGCGCUGCCAACGCCAGCGCGUUGCAAUGGGGCUGCCUGGCUUCGGUGGAGGGAGGUACAACCACAGCGAGCACCUCACGGGAUCCCAGCAGCAAGCUGGGACCUCCGCUACGUCGGGGCUUCAGAACAGCCUCAGGGAGCCCUUUGCCAAAGCUGUGGGCUUGGGCAGUGGAAAAUCCUUGUUCAAGGGUGAAGAAGAAGUCUUAAGCAAGAGGAAGCUGACUUUAAUCCCUGGAAAUCACAGAAACAGCAAACUGUCCCACCUCCCCGUCAUUCCAGGAGAAUUCAAGCUUCCGCUUCCACAUACCUCAGUACACCAUUACAUAUCUAACAGGUUUCAGUCACUCACUAUGGGUAGUCGCAGCGCCGGGCGCACCAUCCGGCUGCAGCAGGACUGGCGGCGGCUGGGGGUGGCGGCCGUGGUGUGGGAUGCGGCUGUUGUCCUGUGUGCUUACCUGGAGAUAGGAGGCAUUGAUCUCAGGGAUCGGUCUGUGAUUGAGCUGGGAGCUGGAACUGGAUUGCUGGGAAUAGUGGCCACGUUAUUAGGUGCUCGUGUUACCAUCACAGACAGGGCAGCAGCACUGGAGUUCCUGGAGUCAAAUGUACAGGCUAACUUACCUUCUGAACUACGUCCGAGAGCUGUGGUGAAGGAACUGACUUGGGGAAAAGACCUGGGUAACUUCCUUCCAGGAGCAUUUGACUUCGUCCUGGGUGCAGACAUCGUCUAUCUGGAAGAAACUUUUGCAGAACUGCUGCAGACCCUGGAGCACCUGUGCUCAGAGCAAACUGUGAUUCUUCUUUCCUGUCGUAUCCGAUAUGAACGGGAUCACAAAUUUUUGAAAAUGCUGAGAGGCCGUUUCUCUGUAUAUGAGGUCUACUAUGAUUCCAGUAAGGAUGUUCAUAUCUACAAAGCACAGAGAGGUAGUCACAAGGAUGACUUUUGAUCUCUGCUUUGUUAGUAAACCACUGAUGCUGUUCAAUCCUCCCCUUGUUUCUACUCAAUACACUUGUUCCUAAGCAUAU